AUGACAGCCCCUGGGAUGAUGAGAGGUCCAGCGAUUGAAGUCGGAGUACCUCGGUGCCUUCAGUGCACAGCGACCAUCCAAGCUAAGUUGGCUCACCCAGAAUACACUAAUGAAGUCCGUCGAAAUAGCUCUCAAGGCUUCUAUCCUAAAGGUCAAUCCUCCAAUGCACGUGUAACGGGUCAAAAUGAGAUUCUGGGCAAUGAGAAUCUAUUGAAGAUUUCCAAAUCACUUUAUGAGGAUUUGCAGAAAACUUGGGGCAACAAUUCAGGGGAACUUGUGGAUGGAAUAACUGCCCAUGCUCCAUUUGUUAGGAUACCCGCACUUUAUGACAUCAAGGCAGAUGAUCAGGUAACAUUGGAAAAAUAG